GUGCAAGUCGCGGAACCCUCUAUAGACAUUGAAUCUGUGGUCAUUUAUCGUGAAAAAAACGUACGGCUUAUAUAUGCACCGAAACUCGUCUACUUCCAUGUUGACUUAGGAAUGCCGUCUAGACAAACAAACUACUGGCAAACCGCAACGAUUCUUAUCGCCAUGUUUAAUGGUCUCUUCGCAUCGCAAAGCACGGGGGCAAUGCUCUCUAUAGGGGGUUUUGCGGGUCUGUAUUCGCGCGCCAGCGAGGCUCAAUGUGAGUUUUCUUCUAUCUGAGCGCAAUAGAAGCAGCUGCUGUUGCCAAUCUCCAAUAAGCGCUGUUCAAGUGUGAUUUAUUGCAAUUUUUAAGGUUAUCAUUAUACGAUAAAAAUAUUGAUUGUCGUCCUUAAAGUAAAUGCAUAUGACAAGAUUUUAUGCUUCAAGGAGGAAGAAAAAUAGCGAAAAGCGAGAGUGAUAGAAAGAGAGAGAGAGAGAGAGAGAGACCAAGCAGGAGUCGACUAGUCUAACCUUUCCCGGACAGUGACAGAUUACUUCGCUUAGCUUCAACGCUUGCAUCGAUGCGUGUGAGAAUAGCUCCUGCAAAGUCAUGUGGACGGCUGCCGUUCGCCUGCAGAAGAACUGUCGCUGUCAUUGCCGCAGUAUUUUGCAUCACUGCCCUGUGCUUGACAAUCUACUACGACCACGGCUCAUCUACUGGUGCGGGGCUAUGGCCACAGGAUGCCGAGGACCAGGAGGUGGGAGAGAAGUGGGAUAUGGUUGACCCGGAUGUCCACUCUGAGCGAUGGAUCGUGGUGACCUCGGUCAACCAACCUACGGAGGACAUCCGCAAAAUGGCGUCGAUGUCAGACUGGAAGAUGGUCGUUGUAGGCGACAAGAAGUCACCGCCCGACUGGAGUUUUCGUGAUACGGGCUACGAUGAGGAAAUAGUAACGAGAUGUUGGUCACGACAGAAGAUGCGGAGAUUCCUAAACCCGUAUGCCCACUUUGGACAGCCUACAAUAUGGCCUCGUGGAUUCCCACUGGGGGAAAUUGCUUUAAACGUAGAAAUGAAAUACGCUUUCUGCAAGUUCAAAACGCCGGUUAUUCAGCAAGGCAUUGUGAACGGCGACCCGGACGUGGAUGCCAUUUUUAGAUUAACUAGGAAGAAAGUGGGCCUAAGACUUAACAUAACAUUCGAUGGAACUGCCCCACCAGUUGUUCUUUCUCCUGGCACGUUCUCGCCGUUCAACUCACAGAACACGCUGUUCCAUCACGCGGCGUUCUGGGGUCUUCUGCUCCCGGUGACAACAACGUCACGAGUAUGCGACAUCUGGCGAGGUUACUGGGUGCAGAGACUGCUGUGGGAAACUGGUGACCAACUUGCCUUCUUCGGACCCACGAGUUUUCAACGUCGAAACUCGCAUUCAUACAUGAACGAUGCUAGCGACGAAGCAGACCUGUACUACAAAAGUAAUAGUCUCGUAGACCUGUUGCUUGAUUACCAGUGCAAGGCAGACGACAUCUAUAUUUGUAUGAUAGAACUUACCAACGAAAUGGUUAGGCACGACUUCAUACAGCUCGACGAUGCUUUGUUAAUGAGAACGUGGAUAAACGAUCUCAAGGCUGUCGGUUACAAACCGCCAGCCAAACAACGGAGAACUGACGAAGUAAGAAAUAAUAACUGUCGUGCGGAGCAGGAUAAGGGCGUGGAGGUGCUAUUCGAACCGCGCCCGCAGCCUACAUCACUCAUCCACUCACCAUCUCCAAAAAGAGUUCUUCAGAACGAGGCUGCAAUUAAAUCGCUGCAGCGGAAUAUUUGUCCAUCAUUCGUACAACCGCGGUCACGGGUUCCACAAUCCGGCUUGCUCUUUGAUGACAUAUUGCUCAUCAUAAUUUUUAAUGGUUACCAUACCGAUACAAUUCCCAUUCUCGAGGUCAUGUACCGUCCCAGCUUCCCCAAUAUUCUCUACUGUGGCGAAUUCCGCCCAGAACAAGAUAACCGCACUUUCGCAAACAUCAAAUAUUCGUAUUAUGCCGUUCCAAAGAUGGGGCUAGACGGGUAUAACUCAUACGAAUGCACGAUCGGAGCCAUUAGAAUGGGCUACAAUGUCUCCGGGUUUCUCGUCAUAGGGGACGACGUCCGGUUAAAUAUCCAACAAUGGACUAAUCUAAAUAGGUCAGCAUCAAUGUUUCAGGACAUGCCGACCACCGACGUUCAAAGUAAAAUGGACUGCCGAAGAAAUGAGCCAAAGAAAUGCGACCUUCCUUCUAAAAACUGGCUCGUAAAGGUUUAUCACAAAGAGGUGAUGCGCACUCUUAAUCGCCUGAAAUCUUCACCAACAACAAGCUUGGAAUAUCGCUGUUAUAAUAAUCUCGUCACAGCAAAUAGGGGCGAGUACCGUGUUAAUAAUGAGCUGUCUGACGUCUACUACAUUCCCAAACGACUAGCCAGCGACUUUUCCACGUUAGCAUCUCUGUUUGCAGAAGAGGAAGUGUUUGUAGAGAUUGCCGUCCCAACGCUAAUUCGAUGUUUAGACAAGCCUGGAAAUGUAGAGAAGGUGAAUCCCUUAUAUUUAAUGGGGAAGAUUAGAACUGAGGAUGCGCCGUUGACUCACUGGGAGGAAAGCCUUAACUAUCAUUCUUUUCAUCCGUAUAAAUUGAGCCCCGUGCUGAGGAAGGACAGGUCGCACGUGCAGCAUUUCUGCAAACAGGUUCUACCGCAAAUGAGCAGCUGCCGGCCGACAUACUGGCAUUGAUAAGUGACCCCUUGAUUGACCCCUUAAUUGAUUAGUGUGAACCACUUCAGCCGGCGCGUAGGUUGUUGAUGAGUUUACGAGCGCGUACUGUGAGCAAUUCGCUACGUCUCCAAGAAUAUCGAGAAUACUAGCACUGCACAGCCUAGGCUACUGCUACUAUAUUGUAUUCAGCAAGCGGGGGCAAUAGGAUGUGAGGUUUGGCACGUCACACCUGGCGCAUGUAGGAGUGGUUGACGCGGCGCGCAACGACAAUGGACGGGCACGCUUCCCGCAUCGCCUUGCGCUAGGGAUAGGUGACGCGACGCACGCACCUACGAGCAGGCAUAGCUUGCUGCGUUCCGUCAAGGUCUGGUUUUGCCUAAGUAGUUUCUGCUACUCUACGUUGCUACAAUCUGCUAUUUGCUACAAUCUGCUAUUUGCUACUAUCUACUGGUUGUCACAAGUCUACGCUGCUACAAGAUCCGGCACGGAGAUCUUCAGCACUUAAAAUCACAGUACAACAAUUGGUGGAGGAUCAUGGUCGUUCUGCAUUAGCUACCUCUACCCAGCUAAUCCCCCAGCGGAAGAAGAAGAAGAGCGAAAGAAGAAGAAGAUGAGAAGAGAACCAGGCCUUCCAAUCGUCCAGCGGAAAAGGGAGAAGCAGACGGAGAAGAUGGAGAAGAAAGAACUAACAGAGGAGCAGCAGAUGAGCAGAAGAAGCGGAAGACUAACACGGCGACGAUAGGGUAAGCUACAUCGUAAAUUACAUAGCCACAAAUUUAUUUGGUUGGAAAUAAUUUAUUAACAGUAAAAUAGCUCGCGAAUUACCGAGCAGCGCGCGAAUUUUCGUAGUUGUAGCUAGCGUGGUAUUCGAAUUUUAUUACGGCGUAACGGUGACUCAAAGUGUCGAAAGGAGAGAUGUACAUUAUUAAGCCUAUGCGAUGAGAAAGGCGAAACGCCUAGCCGCUUCUAAAGUAUGACCUCGAAUGUUGCAAUUUAGGGAAGCCGCAUUCGGCGUGUUAUUAUCCCUACCAACAGAGGCAUACUACGGCACAAACUCACCCUAGUGGGUAAAUUAAAGGUGACGAUUGAGCUAAAACAGCUCCGCCCAAAAAUGGGUACGUCCGAUUUCGUCACGCGUCGCGUCAUUUUUGGGUCACGGCUGCUGCCGAUACCAUUUGGUCGAUACCACGACAUAGCAAAACCACGAAUUUAAAUUUUUAAUAAACAAAGAGUUGGCUAUGGAUCUGUGUUUACGAUAUGGCUUAGCCGGUGAUAUCUG